AUGGCAGAACAAGAGUUGCCAGGUGUUUUGAUUCUGGACAUAGGAGGAUCUCAUGGUGUGCUAGAAAACCUUGCAGCCCUUUUGAAGAAACACUUUCGCGUGAUCACCAUGAGGGAACUUCUUGAAAACAAAAAAGAAAUGAGCAAAAAAAUCCAAUCUGUUUUCGUGUUUGAGUGCAGGCCAACUAUUGACCGGGAGCUUCUAGAAAGCCUGCCUAAUUUAAAGGUAAUUGGAAAUUCUGGGGUUGGAGUCGAUCACUUAGACUUGAAAAUGAUUUCUAACUUUGGCGUAAAAGUGACCAACACCCCCCAUGCCGUGGCGGACUCAACAGCAGACAUAGGAAUGGCCUUGAUGCUGGCCUCUGCCAGAAGACUAGUGGAAGGCUGCCAGAUUGCGGUUUCUCCAGACACCAAGCAUUUUGCUGUUGACUGGCUGGGAGUAGAAGUGACCAGAGCGACGCUUGGGAUCAUUGGGAUGGGCAGCAUUGGGUACAAAGUGGCUCAGAGAGCCAGAGCCUUUGACAUGAGGAUCCUCUACCAUAACAGGAACCGGAGAAGAAAGGAGGAGGAAGAGGCAGUUGGUGCCCACUACUGUGAGAAGAUGGAAGACUUGCUGCAGCAAUCCGAUUUUGUGAUGUUGGUUGUGAACCUGACUCCCGAGACUCACAAACUGAUUGGGAAAAAGGAGCUGGGGCUGAUGAAACCCACAGCGACUCUGGUAAACAUCAGCCGAGGUGCAGUUAUUGACCAAGACGCAUUAGUAGAAGCUCUCCAGAGUAAGGUUAUUAGGGCUGCCGCCCUGGACGUGACGUACCCUGAGCCUCUGCCAAGAGAUCAUCCCUUAUUAAAAUUAAAUAACAUCGUCAUAACCCCUCACAUUGGAACCGCAACAGUCCAAGCUAUCCGUAUGAUGGCAGAGGAAGCAGUAGCAAAUAUGCUGGCUGUUCUCAAUGGCCAGCCCGUUCCAAGUGAAGUGUUUCCCAAAUGA